GACAACUUACCUGAAGCAAAUUUUAUUUUUUUUUAAGUACAAUAACAUGGAAAAAUUAGAAUAGUGAAAAUAUAAAAUCAUCUUUUGUUUGUUAUCAUCCUGCUCAUCUAGCCCAACUAACCAUGGUUCUCAUUUAGAUCUUAGUUCUGAAAGACACAUGUAUAAAUAGAUCAACAUCACACUUGUUUUUUCUUUGAUUUCUUCUUCUUUUCUGAUGCUCCACGUUUACCCUUCUGUCCGCUUUCAGCCAGCCAUGCAGCUUCUUCUUCACGGAUUCGCUCUUCUUGCCUCUUCAAAGCAACAGCUUCCUGGUAAGCAACUUCUAUCUUGUUGCUGUAGGUAAAGUAACAAAAGAUAAAGGCAUCAAUGCGUACAACUAAGAAUGUUCAUCAUUAUGCUAUCAAGCCGUCAUCUUACUCAAAGAAGGCUCAUAUAUGGUAUCCAAAACCAUGGCCAACCGAAUUACCCUUCAGUUUGUAUACAAAAUGAUAUAAUGUCACAUUGAAUGUAAAAGAGAAAAAACAUGUCACAUAUGACAAAAGGAUAUUAUUUUCAACUGGUAAAUCCUGGAACAUUGGGCUCUCCAUCUAUGAGAGAAUGAACCUAACUGGACUAAAAUAGUAAUCAACAUACUCUACAAAACAUGUACCUUUUCUAGCUCGACCAAAAAAAAUUAUUUAAUCACUAAUUCAAAAUUGGUCAGCAUUCAUUGCCACCAUUCUAAAAUAGAAUAACCAUGGCCAC